UUGCCUACUGUAUGUGUGACUUACGUCAAGCCAGACAUGCAGUCGAAAUAUUCCAAAUAUUACUAUUUAUUUAUAUUAUGUGUAGUGUAAAUAGUAAAUGGUAUGUAAAAAAAAUAUUAAAAUCUCACAUAACUGGAAUAAAGCCAAAUCAAUAAUUUUAUUAAAUUGGAACCGAAUAAAAUCUAGUGCCCCAAAAAUUUACGAAGCAAUUAAAUAUUUUAAUUAAACUCUUGUAGUUCUCUUAGAAGAUAGGUGUUAUUAACGUGUUGUUUCUCUUAACCAAUAGUUGUAUUUAUAAUUAAUUCUGAUAAAGAAAUAUUGAAGUUUUGUGUUACUGACGAUUAUUAUUCUAAUAAUUAGAAAUGUGCGGGUUAUUUCGAAAAAGAGACACAAUCGUAAGGAAGUUAAUGACUUAUUUUUGCAAAUAAACAGUGUAGCAGAAAAAAAGGUGUUUCGACAUGGGGAACUCCUGCAGCAGUGGGCAGGCUCACAAGGAUAAAGACAAUAUGUCCCAAAGGUCCGAAGAAUCAGGAAGUUAUCAAAUUCGGGCAAGUUUACCAACCGAAAAGCAACAAACUUUGCUGAAUCAUAUCACUCCACAUUCUGGAGUUAUCCUUGAGCCCAGUACCGCAGGACAACCUCCAUUACAACCACAACCUGCCCCUGCUUCCGUGCCGCCUGCACAGGAGAAGAAACCCACACUUUCAAAGGUUUUGAAAGGUGUGGCUGCCCCAAGCAUAUCUGAUUCGAUGUCGCUAAGUUCACCACCUGGAUAUCAGAGUCCGAAGGAAUUUGACAAAUUUUUCGGAGGAAAUGUUCCUAAGGAAGUCACAAGCCUUUCUGAGCACUUGCAAAAUUUUAUCAUGGGAAGAGUUGCCCAAGCUAAGACUGCUAUUAGAAGUAGAAAAAUUGUGAUUUAUGUAUGUGCUGCAGAUUCACAGGAUUGUUGCGUCGAGAAGGGUACUUUACACAACGUCAUUUACCCCGAAUUAAGAGCGCACUGUAGGUCAAAGGGUUAUGAACUUCAUAUCGUGGAUCUACACUGGAAGACUUUAUUAGAAAAACAGCAAGACCAUGAAUUUCCGGAAUUAUGUAUAGGAGAAUUAACUAGGCAAAUGGAAGUUGCUUAUGUUAUUCCAGUAUUGUUUCUAAACAAUUCUUUGGGAACGCAACUGCUUCCAAUUACAAUUGAGAGUACAGACUUCAAAAUGGCAAUGGAAAGUGCUGAAAAUCAGUCAGCGCAAGGAUUACUAUCAAAAUGGUACAUGUUAGACAGUGAUGCUCAACCACCGUGCUAUCGUCUGAGGCCAAUAUCAUGCCACAUACCAGGUUUCAAAGAGACAUCGUUGGAGGAUCGAGAAAAAGCUUUUGCUGAAUGGGCCACAGAAAUCGAUAAAAUGCUAGGUGUUCUCAUUACGGUGUUUUCACAAGAACUACGGGACACAUAUCUGACGACAGUUGUAGAACAGGAAGUACAUAACACCGUCUUCAUGAGUCAAGAGUUAGCCAAAAGAUGUAUUUGGUUGAACAGGGUGUACACUCCAACUGCAAAAACACCAGAAAAUAUGACACCCGGAGAAGCAGAAGCACACAGAAGACUAAAUACUUUGCAAAAGGAUUUAAGAAAUCAACUAACUGAGAAACACAUUGUGAGGAUACCAGUUAAAUAUGUGGAAGGCGGGCUGAAUCUGGAAAUUGCGGAACAUGAGCAAUAUAUUUGUCAGGUCACAAUUCACCUAAAAAAACAUCUAAGUGAAAUGAUUAGUACCAUAAUCGAAGAACAUCAGAGUAAAACUAUGCUGAAACCAAGUCAUGGUAUCGAAGCCAGUUUAUUCGAGGAGCUCAAUCAACAGACCAGUUUUUGUCAAAAAGCUGCACAAUGUAGUAUAAAUAGAGAAAAAACAAUAAACGAUAUAAAAACAUACAUUACUGGAGGGGAAACAUUUCCGCUAGUUAUAUAUGGCCCGAGUGGUUGUGGCAAAACAACGUUAUUAGCCAGAAUAGCGCAAUGUUGCCAACAAUGGCUGCCCGAAGCUUUUUUAAUAGUUAGAUUUAUCGGCAUUAGUGCCCAAUCAAGUACAAUAGAGCAACUGUUAAGUUCAAUUACAAAUCAAUGUUCAAUAUUAACAUAUGGUCAUAAAUGUUAUUGUACUCAUAGUUUAGAAACUUAUGAAAGGAUACUUCCAACCUUAUUAACAGCUAGUUGUUUACAAAGACCUCUAAUAAUUUUGUUAGAUGGUCUGGAUCAAGUGAGAGCGUACAGUUCUAAAAAUAUAGAUUGGCUUCCCAUGAAGUUGCCAGAUAAUAUAAAGUUAAUAAUCUCUGUAUCAGAGGCUAGUGAUAUGCAUGCAGAUAUUAGUAAGAAAUUACAAGAAAAUAGUUUUAUUAAGAUGCCCCUCUUAGGAGAAACAGAAGCCAAAGGUAUUCUCAUGUCCAGCGUCAUGCAGUACAAUCAUAGCGUUAAUUCUAAAAUACAAGACUGUGUGUUAAAAUCUGUCCAGGAAUGCACCAUUCCACUUUAUUCUAAGGUUCUGGCGUGGCAAACAUCAUGGUGGGUUGAUAAGGAACAUGACAUAGUGCCGAAAGGUCAUGUAAACGAUCAAUUAAAUUUAAUGUUAGAAGAAUUAGAAACUAUUCUUGGUGUAACACAAGUUCAACAUGCACUUGCAAUAUUAACCAACACUAAACAUGGUAUUACUGAUUCCGAAAUGAUAGACUUGCUAGCUUUUGAUGAAAAUUUCCACAGCAGUUCAACGCAUGUAUCGUGGGCACCAGCGUGUUUGGCCUGGUCGAGGCUGAAUAAACAUUUAGCUCCUUUCCUCCAAUGGUCCUUGACAGGGGGAGUGUUAGGUGUUCAGUGGAAGGACAAUAUGCUACGACGAGCUGUUACCGAAAGAUACAGUGCUCAUAAGACAUGGGCAAACCAAAUGCUGUUUGAGUACUACAACGGAAAAUGGUGGAAUAACAAACCGAAAAAUUUGCAAGCACGUCUUGUCAUGCAAGAAAAUAUGUUGGGAAAAUGUUACAAUAGAAGAAAACUGGAUGAACUCCCCUUCCAUUACUUCCAUUUGAAUUCCGAUUUGGAGGAGUCCAAGUACCUUACUGACAUCUCUUGGAUCUAUGACAAAGUGUGCGGUUCGAAUUGUUAUCAAAUUUUGGAAGACAUUAAUUUGCAAAGUACUGUUAAACACGAAUUUACUCAAAUAUUAAAAGACUUCAUUGAAACUCAUGCUAGCGUACUGAACUAUGACGGUCGGCAGUUUUAUUCUCAUUUGUAUAAAUAUUUAGAAGAUAAAAUUAGUAAGAAAGAAUUUAGUGUAGAAUAUAACGACUCCAACUUAUCUAAAAUGUAUAGUAUAACUAAGGAUCCACCAGUUCUAUCAUUAAUGCCGUUAAACAGCGCGUUGAUGCAAGCACCCGAAGAAUUUCCAGAUAAUGUGUUCCGCGAAAAGACUUUUGAUUUAAUUAUAAGGCUGCCCAAAACUAAUCAAUUCAUCGUUACGGUUUCGACAAAUAAUGAAGAAUUGUGCGUAUGGGAUAUUAUCAGUUCUCAACCUGUACGGAUAUUAAAGGGAAUACCACACCCGACCAACGUUAUACCCAUAGACAAAUUUAAAUGUAUAGUACUGUGUAGAAGGGAGCUGAGAAUAUACGACUUAAACUCCGGUAGUUUUGUAACUAAACUAAAAGGAGUUAUGAACCAAAAGAUGCCUUAUUAUGGGCUGCAUGACCAAUCCCAUUUAGUGGCACUUAGUAGGAACCGAAUGUAUAUAAAUCUUAUGAAUUUAGAAUCAGGUGACUGCGUUACCACAUUCAAGGCAGGGGAAGACCGCUUUCUCAAUUCCCUGCUGGUUUCGGGGGAUGGGAGAGUCCUUGUAUGUGGUGAUGAAACUCAGAAACCUUUUCCAUUGUUGGUGUGGAAUUUGAAAUCCAGGAAAUUGUUAUAUGACCUUAGGAUUCCUCAUCACGACUUUAUUACGUCUUUAUCAGCAAUUACCUUUGAAGGUAAUUAUGUUUGUUGUGUAUGCCACGAAAUAGAUGAACCCAAUCCGAAUUUUAUUGUUGUAUAUGAUUUGCAAAGCGGCACGUUAUUUAAAAAAUGGAAGCCAUCUUGUAAUACGGUUUCCUUAGAAAUAAGCUCACAAGGUGGCUGUGUCAUAUCUGGUCUCGAAGAUGCAAGGAUUCUUGUGUGGGACCUCAUUACUGGUAAUUGUCGGUGGUCAUUAAGUGGACAUACUGCACCAGUAUCUUUAUUACGAUUAGACCCUACAGGAGCAGUGUGUCUUUCCACGGAUUCAGAGUGCAGAGACAGGUCAAUUCGAAUAUGGGAUCUAAAUAAAGGUGAUUUGGUAGCUGUAUAUACUCCAAAAACCAAUAUCACUGCAUGUGAGAUAACAUCCCAUGGUAGACAUAUCGUCCUUGCCUUAGAUGGAUAUAAACAAUUAAUAACUCUUCAGUUGCGAGGACAGGGCAUUGAAGAACAACAAGAGAAUGAAUCUUAUGGUGAUCCAGACUACACAGGCAAAACAUUUGUUUUACAAGAUACUUGCUGACCGAAAUAAAUAUUCAUUCAUUCAUUUUCAUCUGAAAUAAUUUGACAUAAAUAUGUCUGUAAUACUUAUUUGUCAAUAUCAUUGGUUUACUUGUUUAUUUAUUUAUUUGGAGAUCUGUGCUGGUCACAGUUCUCAAAACAUAGGCAGCUCAUUAUUCUAAUGAAAUAAUGUUUCUGAUUAAAGUAAAUACCUUAAUAGAAAAAAUAUAAAAAGUUAUUUUCAUAAUUGGCAGCUCUAAAUAUAAAAAACAACAUUUGUGUUAAAGAUCUUUUACUCUGUUCCAAUAAUUAGCUAUAAUUUUUUUUUUAAAUAAUACAAUUCGAUAUAAUGCAGGAAUAAUUUUUGCGAGUUUUGUGCAUUAUACGUUCCAAUCGCCUUAAUUUAGUUAACAAACUCUUCAAUUAGAAAAUAAAGAUAAUAAAAUACACAGAACUUCUAUUAACAUUUCAAAUAAGGUUAUAAGUUUUAAGACAAC